AUGAGCGCGGUGGACCUUGCCCGCGUGGGCGCGUGUGUCCUGAAGCAUGCGGUGACCGGGGAGGCAGUGGAGCUGCGGAGUCUGUGGCUGGAGCAGGCGUGCGUGGUGGCUGGCCUGCGGCGCUUCGGCUGCUCGGUGUGUCGCUGGAUCGCCCGGGACCUCAGCAGCCUCAGGGGGCUACUGGACCAGCACGGCGUGCGUCUGGUGGGCGUGGGGCCCGAGGCCCUGGGCCUGCAGGAGUUCCUGGAAGGCGGCUACUUCGCACGAUGUCCCUCCCACCUUGGACAGAGGCAGGGCCCAGCGGUGAUGCUGGCCUCGAAUCCCCGAGGGUCUCUACUGGGUGGCAGCAAGAUCCCGCCUUCCCAGGAGCCUAAAGGACUGCGGGGCAACAUCGCCCUGGACACCCACCCAGAAUGA